UGCUGAGCUUUAUAGUGUCGCGCAGGUUGAACGUAGCGGAAUUGUGCCUCGGUAGUGUUUCGGAUUAUUUUUGCAGAAGGACAGAAAGAGAAAGAAGAAAGGGAGAUAUCAGUAUCGGUUCGGGAUUCGAAUAGAUGUCCUUUGAGGAGUUCUGCGGCGGUCCCUUUUGGGACGGCCAGCUGGAAUGGCGGGAAAGCAAUCCGGAUUUGACGUUUUGCUUCCAACGAGUUGCCCUGCAAUGGGUUCCCUGCUUCUUCCUGUUUGUCUUUUCCCUGUACGAAGUCUACAAGUAUGGCACUAGCCGCUAUCGAGAUAUACCAUGGAACUGGUUCAACCUGUCAAAGAUGCUGAUCACGUUCACGCUGAUGUGCAUGAGCUGGAUCGAUCUGGGCAUGGUGGUGACCUACAAGGACGAGCAAGGCCUGUUCGACGUCCAGAUUGUGACGGCGAUAUUCAACGCCCUAGCAUAUAUUGUCCUUAUGGUGUUGAUGUUCUUCCAACGAAGAUACGGCAUCAGAAGUUCGGGGACGAUCUUCAUCUUCUGGUUCAUGCGAAUGUUCUUUGGAAUGAUUCAGCUUCGAACGGAAGUUCAGAACAAAGAAAUUCGCGGAGAAGUGACUGGGGAUGCCGUCGACUUCUGGGAGUUCCAGUACAUCAGCUACUGUAUUCAGUACGCAUUCACCUGUUUGAUGUUCUUGGUGGAGUUUUUCCCGGAUCAGGAACCGACGUACAGCGAUUAUCCGGAGUCGAAGAAACCAAGCCCCGAACUGCGAUCCAGCUAUGUCGUACGGCUGUUCUUCCUGUACUUCGACUCAUUCACGUGGCGUGGAUUCCGCAAUCCGCUCACCACAGACGACAUGUACGACAUCAACCCACAGGAUGCGGCCCGAGAGUUGGUCCCGCCCUUCGAUAAGUAUUGGUACGAAAGCGUGGAGAAGGGACGCCACAAGCAGAUUGCUGCCGACAAGAAAGCCGGGAAGACGAACGUUGAAUACAAGCCGCACUCGCAAACCAACGGGUCCGUGUUGCCAGCGAUCGUCAAGGCGUACGGAGCACCUUUCUGGUUUGCCGGUUUGUUCCAGCUGGCAAUUUCAGGACUUCAGUUUGCCAGUCCGUAUAUUAUGCAGGAACUCAUGAAAUGGGUUGCGAUGAAUGGACCUUCCUGGCAGGGAAUUAUACUAACCUUCGGAUUGUUCGCAACAUCACUGCUGACAGCGUUGUUCAACGGACAGUACUACUACAACACCUUCCUGACCGGGUUCCGUAUUCGUACGGGCCUCAUCAGCGGUAUCUACCGGAAAGCACUGCGAAUCUCCAGCUCUGCGAAAAAGGACACCACCGUGGGAGAGAUCGUUAACCUUAUGGCAGUCGACGCUCAACGAUUCUUUGAAUUGACCUCCUAUCUGCACGUCCUCUGGGCGGGACCGUUGAUCAUUGCGCUGUGCCUUUACCUGCUGUACGACAUCCUGGGAGUGGCCGUGUUUGCCGGUCUUGGUGUUAUGAUCAUCAUGACUCCGAUCACCGGGGUGAUGGCCACACAGAUGCGAGACCUGCAGGUUGAACAAAUGAAGAUCAAGGACGAUCGCGUCAAGAAGAUGAAUGAAAUUCUCGGAGGAAUCAAGGUCCUCAAGCUGUACGCUUGGGAGAAGAGUUUCCAAGAUUCUAUCUUGGAGGUCCGUAGCAAGGAAAUCGGCAUCCUGAAGAAGAUGGCGUACUAUGGAGCGGGAGUGUACUUCACGUUCACCAUUGCACCUUUCCUGGUAACGUUGGUCUCCUUUGCCGUGUACGUUCUUAUGGAUGAAAACAAUCACCUGGACGCCCAGACGGCGUUCGUGUCGUUGGCCUUGUUCAACGUUCUGCGUGUGCCGUUGGGAUGGCUUCCGAUGAUGGUGACCUUCGCUAUGCAGGCUUGGGUGUCGAUCAAGCGUAUCGACAAGUUCAUGAACAGUGCUGAGCUGGACCCGAGUAACGUUACGCAUCACAAGAGCGACAACGCGUUGCACAUCAAGGACGGAUCCUUCUCUUGGGGUGACGAAGCGCUCACGCUGAAGAACAUCCACUUAUCUCUGAGGAAAGGUCAGCUGUCGGCAGUUGUUGGAGGCGUCGGUACAGGCAAGAGUUCGCUGAUCUCCGCCCUGCUCGGAGAAAUGGAGAAGAUCAGCGGUUCGGUUAACACGGACGGUACGAUCGCCUACGUCCCGCAGCAAGCUUGGAUUCAGAACGCUACUCUUCGAGAUAACAUUUUGUUUGGAAAAGCAUUCGAUCAGAAGAAGUACGAUCGCGUGAUCGAGUGUUGUGCUCUGAAGCCCGAUCUGGAGAUGUUACCGGGAGGCGAUUCAACUGAAAUCGGUGAGAAGGGUAUCAACUUGUCCGGUGGACAGAAGCAACGAGUUUCCCUUGCCCGAGCUGUCUACGCCGACGCUGAUAUCUAUCUGUUUGACGAUCCUUUGAGCGCAGUCGAUGCGCACGUUGGAAAGCACAUCUUCGAAAAGGUUAUUGGUCCGCAAGGAAUUCUCGCUGGAAGAUCACGACUCUUGGUGACCCAUGGAAUCUCAUUCCUGCCCCAUGUGGAGGAGAUCUUCGUCGUCAAGGAUGGAGAAAUAUCGGAAAGUGGUUCCUACCAGCAGCUGUUGGACCAGAAGGGAGCGUUUGCCGAGUUCCUUACACAGCACAUUCAGGACUUGGACGAAGAAGAUGAAGAAAUGCAAAUCCUUCAGGAAACGUUGACCGACGAAGCUUCCAAAAACAUGGUAAAACGCCUGGUGUCCGUCCGAUCGAACCAAUCCGACGAAAACGUACCACGGAAGCGCACCAGCCGUCAGGAAUCCCGAACCAGUUUAAAGAAGGACCAACCGAGCGAAGCAGCUCCCAGAAUGGACAAAGCAACUCUAAUAGAGAAGGAAGAAUCGGCAACCGGAGCAGUCACCCUAGCGGUCUACAUCAAAUACAUCAAAGCUAUUGGUUUGUCCUUGGGUCUAUGGUCGAUCAUAUUCAGCUUCAUCACCCAAGGCAGUGGAAUCUACUCCAGCCUCUGGUUGACGGACUGGUCGGAAGAUCCGGAAGCCAUCACUGACACAUCCGUCCGAGACAUGUACCUGGGAGUGUACGGAGCACUGGGAGGUAUUCAAGGUAUUGCUCUGUUCAUCAGCUCAGUAGCGCUAGGCUUGGGAUGCCUGAAAGCGGCCAAGGAACUGCACGAUAAACUUCUGGAAAGCUCUAUGCGGAUGCCCAUGUCGUUCUUCGACACCACUCCGCUGGGACGAAUCAUCAACCGGUUCUCCAAGGACGUCGAUGUUAUGGACAACGUACUACCUGCAACCAUUCGAGCGUGGCUGUACUUCCUGUUCAGCGUCGUUGGAGUGUUCGUGGUCAUCGGAAUAUCUACGCCCAUCUUCUUGGCGGUCGUUCCACCGCUUAUGGUAAUCUACUACUUCGUCCAGAAGAUCUACAUUGAAACAUCCCGUCAGCUGAAACGAUUGGAGUCAGUGACGCGAAGUCCUAUCUACUCCCAUUUCGGUGAGAGCAUCAGCGGUCAAUCGACGAUUCGCGCGUACAACGAACAGGCGAGGUUUACUCUGGAUUCUGAGGACAAGGUGGACUACAACCAGAAGGUGUCCUACCCGACGAUUAUCGCCAACCGUUGGUUGGGAGUCCGACUGGAAAUUGUCGGCAGUUUAGUGGUGUUGUUUGCUGCAUUGUUCGCUGUGCUGGCGAAGGACACUAUUGGACCAGCAACCGUCGGUUUGUCCAUCUCGUACGCCCUGCAGGUCUCUGCCACGUUGAGUUUCAUGGUCAGAAUGACGGCUGAAGUGGAAACGAACAUUGUGGCAGUAGAACGUUUGGAAGAGUACACCGAAUUGCCAAGGGAAGCCGAGUGGAAGAAGGGUUCCGUUGACAAGAAUUGGCCAUCCGAAGGUAAAGUUGAGUUCAAGGACUUCAAGCUACGGUAUCGGGAAGGAUUGGAGCUGGUGGUCAAGGGUAUUUCUGUAAACGUAACAGGAGGCGAAAAGGUUGGAAUCGUUGGAAGGACUGGUGCCGGCAAAUCCUCGCUGACCUUGGGUCUGUUCAGAAUUGUGGAAGCUGCCGGAGGCAAGAUCAUCAUCGACGGUGUGGACAUUUCGCAGAUUGGUCUGCACCAGCUGCGAGGUCGCCUCACCAUCAUCCCGCAGGAUCCGGUCCUCUUCUCCGGAAGUCUGCGCAUGAAUGUCGAUCCUUUCGGGUCGUACUCGGACGACCAGGUGUGGAAAGCUCUGGAGCUAUCGCAUCUGAAGACGUUCGUCAAAGGGUUGCCAGCUGGGCUGGAACACGAAGUAGCCGAGAACGGAGAGAAUCUCUCCGUCGGCCAACGGCAACUGAUCUGCCUGGCCAGAGCAGUGCUACGUAAAACGAAGGUGCUCAUUUUGGACGAAGCAACCGCUGCCGUUGACUUGGAAACGGAUGACUUAAUUCAGAAAACAAUCCGUACGGAGUUCGCCGACUGUACCAUCCUGACGAUUGCUCACCGUCUCAACACUAUUCUCGACUCCGAUAAAGUGCUGGUCCUGGAUAAGGGUCUCGUGGCAGAGUGUGAUUCUCCGCAGAAUCUGCUGGCCGACAGGAGUACGAUUUUCUACAGCAUGGCGAAGAAUGCGGGUAUUGUUAGUUAGUGAUCGUUCAUGUAAAUUGAUGUACUGAUAGCUAUCGAUUGAUAUUUUUUAUUGUUUAACAA